CGUUUUAACAUUCCUCCAAUAAGAACAAGCUCAUCUCCUUGACAAGUUAACACAAAAAUUGCGAUUCAAGAAAUCCAAUUCUUGCAUACAAAUAAGUCACUCGCUACUCCAAUUCUAACUGAAUCCCUGGUUGAGAAAUGAGUGGAUCCUUCUUUUUGGGCAGUUUAAAUUCGAGAGGGCUUAUUACCAAGCCCUCCAGUUGUGAUGAAUAUACUAGGCGUCGAGGCCUCUUUUUAAAUCCUGGCUCCAAUUUGGGUAUCUUAGCACCCCAAAAAAAUCCCAUGUAUUUUCUUGGUCACCAAAGCCUGAUUCAUCUCAGCCAUGAAGUGCAAAGAAAGAAUGAGAGGCAGAGGAAUUUUGCAGUGUACAACAGUGUUCAACCAGGAGUUCCUCCACCUUCUGGACCACCUUCUUCAGAUCCUUUGAAAGGCUGGAUUAUCGGAAUCGUAUUAACCGUGGUUAUACCUUUCUUGGUGCAAAAAUGCGGGAAAACAUUUUUGAGACUUGAAAAUAAAGUUGUCGCAGUUGUAGAGAAGGUGGAGGAUGCAGUGGAAGGAAUCGAAAAGGUAGCGGAGAAAGUUGAAAAAGUAGCGGAAAAUGUAGCCGAUCAUCUUCCAGAAGGAGAACUCAAAAAUGCUGCAAUCUUCGUUGAAAAGGUAGCAGCUCGGGUUGAUGAUACAGCAGAAGUCGUUGAAAAAACCAUCGACAAGGUUGAAGAAGUGGAAGAAGAGGCAGAAUCAGCGGUUGAAGCAGCACUUGACAAAAAAGAUGCAGUCCCUGAUGAAGCAAAGGAGACUGCCAAAGAGCUAAAGAAGUGAAAGUUGUAGGCUUGAACACUUAAUUAAUUAACCGACAAAUUACUUUUUCAGUUGGUUAACAAAUGACGCAAGUAUAAAAGUUUGCCUGUAAUUUUUGAUGGAUAGAAUGGAGCUAGCUAUUACUA